GCCCAAUUCAGUGGCUAUGAGUCAAAAUCCUAAAUCCAACUACAACAAAACCUCUUUACUGCAUGACCCAAACGUGAUAAACCCGAACAUAAACCCUCAAAGUCGUGAAAUAUCAGCUUUUGAAUCGACACUAACGACAUUCUCCAAACUUUCUUCUGUGAUUGGGCUCUGGAACGAAGAUGCUGAUCUAUCUACCCUUUGCCCGCAACUCAUCCUCUGUAAUCAGCAAGCGCAUAUACUCCUUCCAUCCUCGUUUAUUUUCCUUAUUCAUCUCAUCCAAAUACUUAUCCAAAUCAGUCACCUCUUCUGUAUAUGCAUUCUCUCAACUUCAAAACUCUAGCCCUAGAAAUCUGCAAACUCAAAAAACCCAAAUCCCCGUAAUGCCAUUUGCAAUGCCAUUGCAGCACAGACAUCUAAUAAUUCAUGCCGGCGACGACAGUGAACCAGAUGAAGAUGAAGAAGAGGAAGAGAGGAAGAAGAAGGAGGCGGCUGCUGCCGCCGCCGCCGCCAAACCCAAAGACGCCUCGCAGAUAAAACCAUUUUACGAUCCCUUCAACAAGAAGCCCGCCAUUGAGGAGCCCGAGGACCCCACCAAUCUCCCGGAGAUUUUCCACAAAAUGAAGGAAGAUAAUUUUGUUCAGCAGGCCGCCAAGAUGUUUGAUGCGCUCUCGCAGGAUGGAUACAUGGCUGAGGCCAUGAGCCUCUUCGGUGUAAUGAAGGACAAUAGCAAAAUGCCAGAUGUUGUUUCGCAUACUGCAAUCAUAGAGGCUUACUGCAAGGCUGGCAGAAUCAAGGAAGGUCUUAAGAGUUACAUGAGAAUGCAGGCUUCUGGGGUCAGGCCCAAUUCCUACACUUACACUGUUCUCAUCCAAGGGCUCUGUCAGGCAAAAAUGCUUGAGGAUGCCGGGAAAUACACACUUGAAAUGCUGAGUAAUGGCUGGAAUCCUAAUGCUGCUGUUUAUGUCACAGUGGUUGAUUCUUAUUUGAGGGCAAAGAAAGAGAAUGAGCUUCAGCAGCUUCUUGUGAAAUUGAAGGACAAGGGCUUUGUUGCAGAUGAUAAGGAAGCUCGGAAGCACAUGAAGAAAAUGGGUCGGUUCAACCGGGGUGUCAUGGAUGCACUCUUUGGGCAGUAUAAAUAAACCUCCAUGGGUAUUCGAUUGUGCCGUGAUUGCUCCAAUUAGGUAAAAAUUACCAAUUUGUUUGACAGACAUGACAGCUUUUUCAAAAGAUUGACAAUAGAUUUGUUGGGGAAAAGUCUGGUUUGCAUGUAUGUUUUGUUGGCUAGCCUAGCCAAUAUGAUGUGCAUCUACUUUGGGAUGGGUAGUAGUUUUAGUUUUGUAAUGUACGAAAGAAACUCUUGACAUUACAGAUACUGAUCUAUAACUUAGUCUCUUAUAUGGAAACAUUGUCAAUUUGUCACUGGGAUUGAGACAUUGGGAUUUGUUGGUGAAUUGUUGGCAAGUGCUUUAUGCUAAAUCUGGACAUUUUUUUGGCAA